ACCCAGAACCACGAGUACCCGCCGCCCCCGCCGCCCGGCCCGCUCCCUGGCUCCAUCGCCCCGGUGGCCACCGUCAUCUCGCACACGCACCACAACCCCAACGUGGGCUUUGCGGGCAACUCGAACGAACGCCCAUACCAGGGCAACAACUACAACACUGGUGACGGAUACCCGACCAACGGCCAACAGAACUACAACACCGGCAAUAACGGAGACCGCUACCCUUCGACUGGUCAACAGAACUACAAUACCGGCACCAACGACCGCUAUCCGACCAACACCCAACAGAACUUCAACACCGGGGACGGAGACCGCUACCCUUCGACCGGUCAACAGAACUACAAUAGCGGUGGUACCGUAGACCGUUAUCCGACGACUGGUCAACAGAACUACAACACUGGUACCGGUGACCGCUAUCCAACCAACACUCAACAGAACUUCAACACCGGAAACGGAGACCGCUACCCUACAUCCGGUCAACAGAACUACAAUAACGGAAACCGUUACCCCACUGACAAUCAGCAAAACUACAACUCUGGGGACCGCUACCCAACGAACGGUCAACAGAUUCAGGGUUCCUCCACGUACCCCAGUGGACAAACGGGGACAUCCGGGAGCAACCCUUACAACCCCAAUCCCUCAGUGGACCGACCUUCUACGACGCAGACUGUGGACGUCGACUACAACCCGACGCUAUCUGGCGCCGUCCCCUCCAUCUCCCCCGUCGCCGUGGUCCCGGGGUCGGGCUCGGUGGGACUUCCCCUGACGGGCGACCUCUUUACAGUCACGCCGCCACCUCCCCCGACCCAGGCCCCUGCGUGUGACCUGUCGCCCACCGAGGUCAACGGCAGGCCCGUCUGCAAGGGCCAGGUCGUGUUCGAGGACAACUUCGACAGCGUGGACCUGACCCGUUGGUCUCACGAGGUCAAGAUAUCGGGCGCUCCCGACUACGAGUUCUGCAUCUACACCCAGAACCCCGAAAACACCUUCACGCAGAAGGGACUCCUCCAUCUCAGUCCCACUCUGACCAACGACAAGUACGGCGCGGACUUCAUCCGCACUGGCAAGCUGCAGCUGGAGGGGUGCACGGCGGGUGCGCCCAACUCGGACAGCUGCUACCGCGAGGCCAUGUUCUCGUACAUACUGCCGCCCAUCGUCGCGUCGCGCAUCAACACCAAGAACAGCUUCAGCUUCAAGUACGGCACCAUCGAGAUGCGGGCGAGGCUGCCGCGCGGCGACUGGAUCUACCCGGAGCUGUGGCUGUCGUCCUCCCGCGAGGAGUACGGCCCCGGGCUGGCGUCGGGUCGCGUCAUCCUGGCCAUGGCGAGGGGCAACCGCCGGCUGACGGGCCCCGCGCCCGACCACUCCGACCUCAGCGGGCGCGUGAUGGUGGCGGGCGCGCUGGCGGGCAACAUCAAUGAGGGCUCCGCCACGGCCAAGAGGAAGAUCUUUGCGAAGAAGAGCGACCUCGGCCUGUGGACGGAGCAGUUCCACAACUACACCCUGCUGUGGACUCCCGAUACGUUGGCGUUUUCUGUGGAUGGCGUUGAGAUCGGAGUGGCUCGCCCUGAGGACGUCGGCGGUCUGUUACAUGGCGAUGGCGACGCCUGGGCUCGAGGAUCCAGGAUUGCUCCCUUUGAUAAGGAGUUUUAUCUUAGUCUUGGACUUGCUGUCGGGGGUAUACACGCGUUCCCGGAUGGAUGCAAAAGUGGGAAUCAUGAAAAACCGUGGAAAAACAGCGGAGCAAAG